AUGAAGUCUGAUCACAGGCCUCUUUUGCUAACUAUUGGUAAGAAUCCUAAUAGACCGCAACAACGCCUCUUUCGUUACUUUGCUGGUUGGACCCUUCACAAAGACUUUCAUAAGUUUGUGAAUGAUAAUUGGGAUUCUUCUCUCUCAAUAACGGAUGCUAUCUCCAAGUUUACUGUUGCUGCUAAUAAUUGGAACCACUCUAUUUUUGGUCAGCUCUCAUAUCGGAAGCGCAAUGUUAUGGCUCGGCUCAAGGUCAUCCAACGCUAUCUCGAUAAAAAUCGAAGUUCCUACCUGUCCAGGCUCGAGACUAAACUUCAAACUGAGCUGGAAUUAAUCCUCGACCAGGAAGAAAUCCUAUGGAAACAAAAAUCCCGAUCGGACUGGAUUAACUUUGGCGAUAGGAAUACGACUUACUUCCAUAAAAAAGCCAUUAUUAACAAAAGGAUUAACCGAAUUUACUCUCUCCAAAUUUCCACUGGUGAUUGGUGUUCAGACACGAAUGUUCUUCGGCAAGAAACCAGUGCUUACUUCCAGAAAUUGUUUUCCCUUGAUGAUGAGGUGCAUGAAACUUUUCCCAUCUCUGGUGGCGCUAUCUCCACUACUUUGAGUUCUGCUUCUAUUGGUGGUGCUAUCUGUGACUCCGUCGGUAAUUGGGUGGAAGAAAGAUUAAGUGCCGGAGGUUUGGGAGAUGUCAAGACUAAGUUUUUGGGAGGGAGAGAUUUCCUAAUAGAAAUUGUUGAUGAAGAGCUGUAUAGGAUCAUGAAGGAGAAUAAACGGUCGCUUUUACUUGAAGUAUUUUUGGAAGUUCAUCCAUGGACAGAAUCUUACAGAGCGUCCGAAAGAGUAACCUAG